AUUAUAAGAUUACAGACAUUGUUUUUGUUUCAGUAAUGUAUUUAAAGCUACAAAGCAAGACUAUCAUUUUGAUAUUACGAUCUAGCCCAUGCGUUUUUGUCGUCCAAGCCAGUAAUGCUACAUUGUGUUCAAUAGAUGGCGCACAAAGCUUCCGUGCGCUUUAUCAGCAGUUUUUUCUAUUUCCUAAACGCGACUGUAUAACGGAGACACCGUUUGGAGGAACGGUGCUGGUUUGCCGAGAACGAUUCUUGGAUUCAUGUUACAGAGGUCAAGGUUCAGAAACAAGCUUUGCCCACUUUUCUGCCAAGAAACAAGAAUCGCUGAGGAUUCCUGUCGUGAGCCAAGUUCCUAGUUUCAAGACGCAGUAUUACAAGGUGAAUUAAUUGCCAUGAUACCUGUCAUUGUGGUGCACGGAGGUGCCGGGCACAUUUCGGAGGAAAGAGUGGAGCUGUCUCGUCAAGGAGUGCGGGAAGCAGUUCUUCACGGGUACCGCAUCCUUCAGCGUGGUGGUACCGCGCUGGACGCAGUGGAGGAGGCUGUAGUGCAAAUGGAGAACAACCCCGUUUUUAAUGCUGGUCGUGGCUCAGUCCUGAAUGAACUGGGAGAUAUUGAAAUGGAUGCGAUUAUCAUGGAUGGCAAAACCUUGAACAGUGGAGCAGUCUCAGCUGUCAGAAGAAUUGCAAAUCCAAUCAAACUAUCAAGACUCGUUAUGGAAAAGACGAAUCAUGUAUGCCUGACAGGUCAUGGUGCAUCUAGAUUUGCCAAAGCAAUGGGUAUUCCAGAGGUGCCAGAGGAGUUCUUAAAAACAGACUAUUCCAGGAUGAGAUGGAAGAAGAAUCUGCCCCCUGGAUCCAAUCCAGUGCAAUGUCAGAUGGGAAAAAUGGGCACAGUCGGUGCUGUUGCAAUUGAUGCUGAAGGGAAUGUGGCCAGCGCAACAUCUACUGGUGGAAGGCUUAAUAAGAUGGUGGGGCGUGUUGGUGACACAGCUUGUGUAGGGUGUGGCGCCUAUGCAGAUAACUAUGUGGGUGCAGCGUCCCCCACAGGGUGUGGGGAGGAAAUCAUGAAGGUGACAUUGUGCAGACUUAUCCUGUUUCACAUGGAGCAAGGAAAGUCUCCAAAAGAAGCCUCCGAUAUUGCACUGGCAUACAUGUUUGAAAGAGUACAGGGGUUUGGAGGGGUUGUGGUUUUGGACAAAACUGGAGACUGGGCUGCUAGAUUUAACUCCAAGCAAAUGUCCUGGGCAGCAGCAAAGGAUGAUCAGCUUUAUAAUGGACUGUACAAAGAUGAACUCUUAUCUAUGCCCAUAAGUAAAACCUAGCAUGUUCCUUGCACAUCUUGUUGUUUCAUUGGGUAUUGCAGUGGACUACAUGCCUUUUCUGACAUUGAGUCUGUCGGGCUAAUCUUAUAGGUUAUAGAGGUGAGACAGUGGUGGUCGAUUUAUGAAUCGUAAUUGAUAAAAGUCUUAUCCAAUUAAAUGUUAGAAUCGUGAUUUUUAGAACUUAUCUAUAUUAGUUGUAUCAAGUCAAGAUAAAAUUGAAUUGUGUCACUCAGUUUCAUAAAUCAGUUUAAGAAAUCGACUGAAACAUAGGUGAAGUGAAAACAAACUCUUAUUAGUACACAUUUGAGAUGGAGAUUACUAUAAAGACUUAAUGAAUAGAUCUUUGAAAAAAUGUUAAAAUCUUUAGUGAAAAUGUUUCCAUGUUGGGAGAAUUCAUUUGCAGAGGGCCAUUUUAAGCAAUGUACAAGGAACUUCUAAAACUCAACGUCUGAUUUUGAAUGCAUUGAUUGUUAAAAAUAAAGCUGAAAAAAAUUA